CGUCUUCGGUGUGAAGAUGGCAGCGCUCGUGAAGGCGGAAGUAGAGCAGUUUAUUCCCCCCUGGAUUGUGUGACUGCCCCCUACAGACUGGAGGAGUGAGUGAACUUCACCAUGAACAACAAAGACAGCACCACAGAGUCUGAGAGCGGUGGGCAGAUGAAAGUGUUUUUGCCCAAUAAACUGUUGGAGUGUUUGCCGUGCACCUCGACGUUACCCAAAGAGAGACUGCGCUGGAACACUAAUGAGGAAAUCGCCUCCUUCCUGAUAUCAUUUGACAGACACGAGGAGUGGCUGUGCUGCAGUCUGAAGACCAGGCCACAGAACGGCUCCGUUAUCCUGUACAACCGCAAGAAAGUCAAAUACCGUAAAGAUGGAUACUGCUGGAAGAAACGGAAAGACGGGAAGACGACAAGAGAGGAUCACAUGAAGCUGAAGGUGCAGGGCAUGGAGUGUCUUUACGGUUGUUAUGUUCAUUCCUCCAUCGUCCCCACAUUCCACAGGAGAUGCUACUGGCUCCUGCAGAAUCCAGACAUUGUUCUAGUGCACUACCUGAAUGUGCCCUCACUAGAGGACAGUGUGAAGUCAUGUGGCCCGCUGUCAUGUGCACGGACCGACCGCCGCGACAGUCUGCGCUGGAGCCGAGACGAACUGCUGUCACAACUCAAACCCAUGUUCCACAGUAUGAAGUGGUCUUGUGGAGGGAACGGUUCACUGGAACUGUCAGUGGAGCAGAUGGUGCAACAGGUCCUAGAAACCCAACAGACCAAACCACAACCACGAACACACACCUGCCUAUGCGCUUCUCCCAGCUCCAACAUUCCUCACCGCUGCAACAGCACAAAACAUCGCAUCAUCUCCCCCAAACUGCCCAGCAGCUCCAUCACUUACCCCGCCCACACGGAGGUGCAGAACAUGGCCAAUGAGGGCUCAGGAGCGGAUGUCGGCCGAGAGGCAGGAUCAGGCGAUGCAUUAGUCGCUGUUGUGCCUUCAGAGAGGAAACAGUUCUCUGAAAAGCCAGAAGACCCGGGACGAGCCAUUAGUGAGGACACAGGGGGUGUGGCUUCUCCUUGCUCCGCCUCUUCGAGUCCACCGCUAACACAACGGGCAGCGACCAUUGCACUUUGUAAUGGAAACGGGUUCUAUGGUGACCAACGGGGAGGACUUGCCACCGUUGCCCUGCCGCAAAAUGCAGUCAUUGUCAUGACGACAGCAGCACCAUUGGGGUGUGGUGACGAGGAGAGAAAGAGCGAGUUGGGCACUACCAGAUUGCCGCUCACCCGUACCGGCAGGAGGCUCGUCCUGUCUCCUGUAUCGCCCAAACAGGAUGCACCCUCUCCACCAAUCACCGCCUCCCUGCUAAACCCCACCCCACCCAAUCAUGGUGUGGCCACUCUGUCGCUCACUUUACUGCCCAGCCCUGUGAUUCGAGGACUGCUCCUGACCAAGCGCAUAAUCCCAGAAGCACCAGGGACUCUCCUGCAUCCAGCAUCCCAGUCAUCCUCGCUGCUCCCAUUCGACCCAGACUCCUUCCUCAACAGCCCCAAACAGGGGCAGACCUACGGAGGACCCACCCUCAUCCCCCACAGCUCCGCCCACUCUCUUUCCGGCUCUUCCUCUCCAUCCCCGCCCCCCUCCACGUCUCCUCAGCCCCCAUUUCUCGCACAGUCUCUCUCGCCCACUUCUCCACCGUCGUCUCUGUCUUCCUUCUCUUCCGUGACAGAGAAGAAGAGCAUUCCGGGUCAUCCAGCCUCCAGCCCGCCCUCUCUGUCUCCUUCCCUUGCUUUUUCGCUCUCUCCAACUCGCUCUACUCUCGCGCUGCCUCCUUUGUGUUUGGAGUCAUCUUUAGGUCUUGAUUCGUUAACGCAACCGCUAAGUCCCUCCCUUGGUGUGCAGGAAUCUUCCAAAGCUCCUCCUACUGGAUUUGACUCUCAGGCCUUGUCCAGUCAGCUGCUGACUAAUCAGCACUUAUCUUCCCAACACAUGAACAACCAGUUGGCAUCCAUCAAUCAACUCUCAACAACCAAAAUAUCGCAAAGUCAACCCUCCCUGGAAGUCCUACCGACCAAUCAGUUGCCUCCAGAAGCAGAGAAGGCGGAUCUUAGACAGCAGCUGAUUCAGGUACAGUCUUGUCUCCUGGCAACCUACUCAACAUGCAUUCAGCAGCAGAAUUUGACCCUGCCUCCAGCCACACCCACAAGCGGACAGGUGAGUCCCAUACAGGUGAAGGAGGAGCAGUCCCUGUCCACUCAGGUGCCAUUUGAAUCAGAUGUGACUCCUAUGGACACCACACAAAGUUCUGACUCAACUCACAUAGACAAUGAGGAGGCGGGACUCACGUUUGACUCCACCUUUCCUGACCUCAUGUCUGAGCUGAAUACCGAUGAGUCCAUGAGCCACACAUCCACCCCAGACCCACCCGUUUAUCCUGUCAGGUAUAUGGUUCCACCUCAGCCGACACCAUCCACCUCGUUCCUGCCCUUCCCCCUCCUUACAAACACCCAUUCGCUCGUAUCCAGCGGCUUGCCGGAGGACCCCCAACAGCUGACCAACAUCACAGACUUCUCACCUGAGUGGUCCUACCCGGAGGGUGGAGUGAAGGUGUUGAUCACAGGUCCAUGGUCCGAAACAGAUGGCACAUACGUGUGUGUGUUCGAUCAGAGUCGAGUACCUGCUUCUCUCAUUCAGCCAGGUGUGCUGCGCUGCUACUGUCCAGCUCAUGAAGCUGGACUUGUCGCUCUGCACGUGUUGAAGGAUUGUAGCGUCGUCUCCACUUCUGUGCUGUUUGAGUAUCGCGCCCGCAACGCUUCGUCUUUACCGAGCUCACAACUGGACUGGUUAUCACUGGAUGAUAAUCAGUUCAGGAUGUCGAUUCUGGAGCGGUUGGAGCAGAUGGAGCGCAGGAUGGCAGAAAUGACCAACAACAAUCAACAACAACAACAACAACAUCAUCAUCAUCAUCAUCAUCAUCAUCCCACACCUCGAUUAACACCUGAAAACCAGUUGGGUCUGUGGUUCGAGUGCAGGAUCGUGGUGUUGUGUGAGCGGAUGAUGUCGAGCGGUCGGUGGGUUCGAGACUCGGAGAUAGAGAGACUCACACACUCUAUCAGACACAGAGGAAUGACACUACUGCACCUCGCCGCUGCGCAGGGAUACACACAACUCAUAUACACACUCAUACACUGGAGGAGCAUCAGUGUGAACAGUUUAGAUCUGGAACAAGAGGUGGAUCCACUGAACGUUGAUCAUUUCUCCUGCACACCUCUGAUGUGGGCGUGUGCUCUGGGUCAUCAGGCGGCUGCAGUGUUGUUGUACAGAUGGAGUAGUGCCGCUCUGGGCAUUCCUGAUUUUCUCGGUCGACUGCCGCUGGCGGUGGCACAUUCACGUGGACACACACGCCUGGCACGCUGUCUGGAGGAGUUGCACACACACUCUCGGACACAACAACACACACACGACAUGUACUCGCCGCCGUACAGACCCCUCUCACCACUGUCCAGCAGCUCGGACACAGGUUUGAGUUCGUCCAGUAGCAUCCCCUCUCCCAGUGACCCGCCCUCACCCUCCCCUAGCUCUGCCUACUCCAGCAGUUCGGUUCCUGACCCCAUGGACUCCUCGUCCUCCCCCUCUUCCCCUGUCUCUGUCCCUCCUCCCGCCGGUUCCACCAACUCGCUCUUCCUGAUGGAUUACGAGGCUGUGAGUCCCCCCGCGCCGCCCCCCACACACACAGACACGCUCUCUCUGCACUGUGAACUCGCCGACGAGCUGCUCAACUACAGCGAGAAUGCCGAGAACGAAGAUUACCUGUCCGCUGAAGUCUUACAGGUUGACAUGGCAACACUGGCUGAGCAGAUCAUCGAGGCCACGCCUGAGCGAAUCAAACAGGAGAGGUUUAAUCGGGGGGCGGAGUCACCGCUCCGAGAGAGGUGGGACAAUCCUGCCAUUCAUGACAGCAUGCCCUGGCUCGCUACAUACCUGGACACGGUCGACAGGAGCCUGUGUCCCACCCCUCCCUCCCCUCUCAGUGAUUUGGCACUGCAGAGGCUCCGCCCCCCGAGUAGUGCAGCAUGGGCGGAGUUCCUGAAUGCUUCAGCCAAUGGGAGGAUGGAGAGAGAUUUCGCACUGCUGACGCUCACAGACACAGAGCAGCGAGAGCUGUAUGAAGCCGCUCGCAUUAUUCAGAACGCAUUCCGCCGAUACAAGGGGCGGAGACUAAAGGAGCAGCAGGACAUGGCAGCUGCCGUUAUACAGCGCUGUUACCGCAAAUAUAAGCAGCUAACUUGGAUAGCAUUGAAGUACGCGCUAUAUAAGAAGAUGACACAAGCAGCUACACUGAUUCAGAGUAAGUUCCGCAGUUAUUACGAGCAGAAGAAGUUCCAGCAGUCGCGGCGAGCGGCCGUGCUCAUCCAGCAGUACUACCGCAGCUAUAAGGAGUACGAGCGAGUGAAACAGGGACCGUGCUGCCCCGGGACCCUCAACACCAAGAUCAAAGCGACGUUCCUGACGAAAAAACAGGAUCAAGCAGCCCGGAGGAUUAUACGCUUUCUCAGACGUUCCCGACACAGGAUUAAGGAGCUGAAACAGAGUAAAGAGCUGGAGCGGAGAGGACUGACCACCUGACCACACACACUUCCUGUUUCCAGCCCUGUGCAUGUACUGUUAUACUGAUACUGUUCAUCAAGGUCAUGUGGUUCUUCAGUUUCAUCCCAAUCCACAUCUUUAGUUUACAAGCGUGAAUCAAUCAAAAGUCGGUUUUGGGUUUUGCGGUUCAUUUGACGAGAUGCAUGGUGAUGUACAUAUUUUUAUAUUUAAUACAGUGCAAGUUUGUCUCACAGAAAUGCCGUAAAUGAUUCACAUUAAUAAAGUGACGCCGCUUCUCCAGCACAAGACGGGCUCAUACAUGAAGAUCUUCCACUUUACCUGAUAGAUGAGCAAAACACUCCGCGUUAACUCCAUUUACACUUAAUAUAUUCCAAAUAUAUUCACAUAACCUACAUGUGAAAAUGUGUUUGCACAAAAUAUACAGGAAGUGGACUGAGCAAUCACCUGACUCACACACACACACAGAUAGGAAAGAGAGACGGGUUGUUUGUUGUUGCUUGUGUUUACUCCAGUUGUCGCUGCAUCACUUUACUGAAUGUUUCAAGUUUUUAUGUAUUAAUCUUUAUGUAAAUGUAAACAGUAUAUAGUUGCAUAUAUUGUGAUAAAGAGUUCAUCUUGUUAAUAUAAAUGUAUUUAUUGAACUGUUGGAGACAUGUUUUAUAAUGUUUAACUGUUAGUCUUAUAGAGAGUCGCUGGGGUCGUGUUGCUAUCCAAAGUCUUAAAUCAUUUCCAUGGAAACAACAUGUAAACCUGAAAAACUCUUGUAAAGUAAAACUUUAAUUUUCUAGUCCAGUAUUCUAGUAUUAAAUUUAUAGUCCAGCGGUUUGGAUUUAAUCGGGUUCGAUUGAAGAUUUAAAGGAAUGUUCCGGGUUCAGGGCAAGUAUCGUUAGUAUCUGUGAUUCUUGGGUUAUCUCCGCUUGCGGCCUCAAAUCUGGCAUAUAUCAUCCCUCCUGGCCCUCCUGACUCAAAUGUCUUCAAAGAAUUUUAAUUCAUUAAAGUGCUUCAGAGUUACAAGCCAAUAAAUCAUUUGUCCAUGGCUCAUUUUCGCCUUUUGAUCUACAUCAAAAACAAACAUAUUGAGGAGACACACCAAACAGCGCCAUUACUACGCUAACACUCAAUGCUAGGAGGCGCUAACACUCAAUGCUAGGGGGCGCUAACACUCAAUGCUAGGAGGCGCUAACACUCAAUGCUAGGGGCGCUAACCCUCAAUGCUAGGGCACGCUAACACUCAAUGUUAGUUGGCGUUAACACUCAAUGUUAGGGGGCGCUAACACUCAAUGCUAGAGGACGCGCUAACACUCAAUGCUAGGGGGCGCUAACACUCAAUGCUAGGGCGCGCUAACACUCAAUGCAAGGGGGUGCUAACACUCAAUGCUAGGGGGCGCUAACUCUCAAUGCUAGGGCACGCUAACACUCAAUGCAAGUUGACACUAACACUCAAUGCUAGGGGGCGCUAACACUCAAUGCUAGGGCACGCGCUAACACUCAAUGCUAGGGGAUGCGCUAUCACUCAAUGCUAGGGGCGCUAACACUCAAUGCUAGGGGACGCUAACACUCAAUGCUAGGGGACGCUAACACUCAAUGCUAGUUGGUGUUAAUACUCAAUGCUAGUUGGUGCUAACACUCAAUGCUAGUUGGUGCUAACACUCAAUGCUAGGGGGAAAUUAACACUCAAUGCUAGGGGCGCUAACACUCAAUGCUAGGGGGCGCUAACACUCAAUGCUAGGGCACGUUAACACUCAAUGCAAGUUGACGCUAACACUCAAUGUUAGUUGGUGCUAACACUAUAUGCUAGGGGGAUAUUAACACUCAAUGCUAGGGGAGGCUAACACUCAAUGCUAGGAGGCGCUAACACUCAAUGCUAGGGGGCGCUAACUCUCAAUGCUAGGGCACGCUAACACUCAAUGCAAGUUGACGCUAACGCUCAAUGUUAGUUGGCGCUAACACUCAAUGUUAGGGGGCGCUAACACUGAAUGCUAGGGGAUGCGCUAACACUCAAUGCUAGGGCGCGCUAACACUCAAUGCAUGGGGGUGCUAACAUUCAAUGCUAGGGGGCGCUAACACUCAAUGCUAAGGCGCGCUAACUCUCAAUGCUAGGGCACGUUAACACUCAAUGCAAGUUGGCACUAACACUCAAUGCUAGGGGACGCGCUAUCACUCAAUGCUAGGGGACGCUAACACUCAAUGCUAGGGGACGCGCUAUCACUCAAUGCUAGGAGGCGCUAUCACUCAAUGCUAGGGGGGCACCAAGUCCUCCUGGUGGUGUAGUGACUCACCUCAAUCCGGGUGGCAGAGAACGAAUCUCAGUUGCCUCCGCGUCAAUCCGAGCAUCUUAUUGUGACUUGAGCGCGUUACCGUGAUGUAGUGUGCGUGGAGGCUUCAUGCUAUUCUCCGCGGCAUCCACGACAACUCACCACAACUCUACCCUCCCUAGCAACCAGGCCAAUUUGGUUGCUAAGUAGACCUGACUGGAGUCACUCAGCACACCCUGGAUUCAAACUCACGACUCCAGCGGUGAUAGCCAGCGGCGAUACUCGCUGAGAUUUAUUUUGAACUGUUUCUUGCAUUGAUGUUUGGCAUUAGGCACACAUAAUAAUAUUUUGUCCGUUGCGAGCUUCUUCUAUCGUGCAAAAAUGACAAAAAACGACACGUCUUUCUAUUACUGCAUUAUGAUCUCUGUGUCAUCAAAUCCAAUUCAUAAUCAAAGGAAUCAUAUGAGCCGUUCUUAUACUGAAUCACUCCAAAAGAUUGAAUCAGUGACGAAUCAUCUGAAUGAACUCUCUGAAUCAAUCCAACUCAAUGAAGUCUUCAGUCAUGAACUGAGGCACUCUGUGUUCAUUGAACUUGUGAGCCCGGAACAUUUCUAUGUUUAAACUAUAGUGUGACUUUAACAAACCUUUAAGUGUCUUCAUUGAUAUUCAAUACAAACAGGAAGGCAUCAGUUAUUUAAUGGAUAUUUAAUGUGCCUUGAGGUGUCUGUAAAUAAUGUACAGUAUAAAGAGCGGCAGAAUAUAUGAAUGUAUAUAAAGUGUUUCCGGAUAUGCACGGGUAUAUUUACAUGAUAUUGUUUGUGCUUGUUUGCAUGAAUCGCUGUUUGUUUCUGUUCAUAUUUCCCCUCACAGGCCUUUAGUGAUGAUUGGAAAGUGAUCACAUGUUUAUGCACAUGAUUUUUACUGAUAUUUGUUUUUUCAUUAAAGUUCAUAUUC